CACUACUAUAUAACAAAUAAUUUGAGUAACGAGAGCUACAUGACACAGGACAUUGCACAUUUCUGCUCUUCUAGAUAGUUACUAUACGAAGCCUGUCAUGUCCGGAUCUUUUCUUGGAAUUGAUCUAGAUGAUUACUGCCAGGCUUAUGAUAAUGAAGGAGCUCCAGACGAUUUUUCUAUUUGUUUUGAAGACAGUUAUAUAUGUUGGAUAAUAUGUUUAAUUAGCAUUGUUUUGGGGACUUUCUACAUGGCUCUUGCUCGAAACUCUGUCUAUUAUACUUACCGCUGGAUAAGACCACUGUUCAUUUUGUCAAUUGUUGCAGCAAUCGCUAGUUUGAUACCGCAAUUAAUGAUCAUAGCAAUAGUUGUUAAAAGUACUGAGGAUGUCCCUGUACUGAAAUGGAGUGCUACAUUAAUCAUCAUAACAACUGUAUUUGCGGUGUUUGUGACAUGCUUUGAAAGAACUAAAGGCAAUGUUUCAACAUUACCAGUGUGGUCGUAUUGGGGGCUUAUGACACUUCACAGCAUUGUUAGGAUCCGGACUCUUGUUUCUCGGAAAUGGGAGGUUGUAGAGAAUAUAGACGAGCAGCUGCCCAUCCUGAUUUGUGUGUACAGCAGUUUAGUUUUACUCAACUUAAUCAUUCACAGUAUACUGGAGAUACCCGAGGAGCUGCUAAAUCAGCCAAAGAAAACCCAUUCUGCUGUGAAAGAGAAGGUGUUAUCGACCCAAGACAAUACCAAAAAAGAGGAGGAAAUAGAGCUGGAUGAAGGACACCACAUGAAAUACGAUAGACCCGAGAUGGAUGACAGGGCACCCUGUCCAGAAGAAUAUGUACCAUUUGGAAAUUAUAUAACUUUUCAUUGGCUUACAAAGAUCAUUUGGAAAGGAUUUAGAAGACCGCUGGAGGACAAAGAUUUAUACCAUGUUCCAAAUCACUCAAAAACUCAAACAAUCAUUGAUAACUUUUAUACAUCAUGGACCGGCUCCAAACCUUGCCCAAAAGGUACAACAGGCUGUCCAAAUCGAGGGAACCUAAUUUGGUCGCUGGUGAAGUUCAACUGGAAGACCAUCUUGUCAAUCGUUCUCUUGAAACUGGCAAACGACAUUCUAACUUUCGUACCCCCUCUCAUUCUCAAGCAACUCAUCUUUUACAUUUUAACGGAGAAUCAAGAGCCGGAUAAGUUGGGAGUUACAUACGGUAUAGUGUUCUGCGUGUUGAUGUUAGUUUCACUCCUCCUUCAAACCAUCUGUAUACAGGCGUAUUUUGACAGAGCGAUAAACACAGGAAUGAAGAUAAGGGUUGCUCUGGUAGCGGCUAUCUACAGAAAGGCCCUCUUACUGAACAACGCUAGUCAGAAGAGUUCCCAGCUUGGUCAGAUGAUAAACCUAAUGCAGGUUGAUGCUCAGAAGUUUCAGGAAAUCUUCACCUACAUCAACAUGAUAUGGUCAGCUCCACUGCAGAUUAUCCUAGCUAUGUACCUGUUGUACCAGGAGCUGGGAGCUAGCACUUUUGUUGGGAUCAGUGUCACUAUCAUCAUGUUACCUUUUAACUCUGUCCUUAUGGGCAAAAUGCACGGCUUUCAGCGAACUAUUAUGAAGAUAACUGAUCAGCGAGUGAAGAAGACAAAUGAAGUUUUAGAUGGGAUAAAAGUUAUUAAACUGUACGGUUGGGAGGAUUCCUUCCUCAAGGAGGUGGACGGUAUAAGGUCUCAAGAGUUGGGGGCAAUGAAGAGUCGCAUAAAGUUUGGUAUUAUCAUAACCUUUAUGUGGACCUGUUCACCUAUACUUGUGUCUCUCCUAUCUUUCCUGUGUUACAGUCUGCUAGGUAACAAUCUGACAUCAGAGAAGGCUUUUGUUUCUCUCACGCUCUUCAACAUUCUCCGCUUUCCUCUAGUUAUGUUGCCUAACAUGAUUACACAACUUAUACAGGCAAGAGUAAGUAUAGUUCGUAUCAAGACAUUCCUGAACCUGACGGAGCUGGAGGAGGAAGCUGUUAUAAGUGGGGAGGCGGACUCUCCUACUGCUGCACAGAUCAAAGGGGGCAAGUUCUCCUGGGACAUGAAGGAUGAAGUCAACACUGUCACCUUGGAUAAUAUAAACGUUACAAUCCCGCGGGGUAAACUAGUAGCUAUAGUGGGAGCUGUAGGAUCCGGCAAAUCCUCCCUGGUCUCAGCUAUGUUGGGUGAAAUGGACAAAAUGGAGGGUGAAGUGUACUUAAAUGGUUCAGUAAGCUACGUACCCCAAGUAUCCUGGGUUCUAAACGACUCCCUAAAAAACAACAUCCUAUUUGGGGCUGCUUGGAACAAGUGUUAUUAUAAGGAAGUAAUAACGAGCUGUGCUCUGGAGACUGACCUUCAGAUACUUCCUAAUGGAGACAAUACUGAGAUUGGAGAGAAGGGCAUUAACCUAAGUGGUGGACAGAAGCAGCGCGUCUCACUUGCACGUGCAAUAUACAACAAGAAUGAUAUCUACAUAUUCGACGAUCCUUUAUCUGCUGUUGACGCGCACGUGGGAAAACAUCUCUUUGAAAAAGUUAUCGGACCUAACGGAAUGAUCAAUAAUAAGACGAGGAUCUUAGUAACGCACAAGUUAUCAGUCCUGCCGGAAGUAGAUCACGUGGUAUUGCUGAAGGAUGGGCAGGUUCUAGAACAAGGAACAUAUAACGAUCUCAUGGGUAAAGACAGUGAGCUACACAGACUAGUGUCCUCCUACGAACCCGACCAGGACACCAACACAGACAAGGAAGACAUGUCAGACUCUGACUUAGGAGAUGUGUCACAUGACGAAACUACAGUGAGACGCAGGAAGAGCACUGCACGUUCUAGAAAAGAAAGUGAAACGUGCUCCAUAAAAGGUAAUAAUACGGGCGGGAAGGAUGAAAAGCUUAUAACUGAGGAAACAGUAGAGAAAGGAAAAAUAUCGUACAAAACGUACAUGAACUAUUUGAACUACAUGGGAAUUACUUACGGGGCCAUUACACUGGUCUCGUUCAUUCUACAGUACGCAUCUCAACUUGGCUCUCAACUGUGGUUAUCCGAGUGGAGUAACUCUAACGAUAACACUGACACAGAUAAUAAAUUGUUCCUGUACUUGGGUAUAUACGCUCUACUAGGUUUACUACAAACUGUUUUCGUGCUGGGCUUUGUUUUUGCAAUACUGUACGCCAGUAUCAUGGCUUCCUCUAAGAUACACAGAUCUAUGUUCGAGAGAAUACUGAAAGUACCUAUGAGCUUCUUUGACACCACACCUUCUGGCAGAAUACUUAAUCGCUUCUCUAAGGACAUGAACACUAUAGAUGAGCGCCUCCCCAACUCUAUGCGCUCCUUUGUAAACGUGUUGGGGACAGUUGUAGUGACUCUUAUAACGAUAGCUCUUAUGGUACCCAUAAUGAUUGCACUGUUCAUCCCUCUUGCUAUUCUUUACAUUGGAGUACAGAAACUGUACGUUCCAACAUCAAGACAACUAAAGAGACUUGAGAGUGUAAGCAGAUCCCCCAUCUACAACCAGUUCGGAGAAACAUUGAUAGGGUUGCCCAGUAUACGAGCGUACAGAAAGACCGAUACUUUCAUAAAGUAUAACGAGGGAUUAGUAGAUGACAAUGUGCGCUCCUUCUACCUCAACAUGAUGAGUAACAGAUGGUUAUCUACCAGGCUGGAAGUAACUGGUCACUUUGUUAUCUUCUUAACAGCGCUAACCUCCGUACUGCGCGCUGACCACAUGGACGCAGCGCAGGCUGGUCUUGCUAUAAGUUCUGCUAUGGGGGUGACCCAGUCCCUAUCCUGGGUAGUGAGAAUGUACAGUGAGCUGGAAGUGAAUGUUGUGAGUGUGGAGCGGGUGAACGAGUACUCGGCACUCACCACCGAGCGCACACUCGUCUCUACCUCACCUCCUCACCAAACCUGGCCUCAGAGUGGAAGUAUCGAGUAUAAAGGUGUGUCAGUUCGUUACAGAGAAGGUCUGGAUCUCGUCCUAAAAAACCUCAACUUUACCGUUUUAGCUGGUGAACGGAUUGGUAUAGUAGGCAGGACAGGUGCGGGUAAAUCCUCUAUAACCCUAACUCUCUUCCGGAUACUGGAGCUGGCGGAGGGAGCUAUUAUUAUAGAUGACGUGGAUAUAUCUGCAAUAGGUCUUCACGAGCUGAGAAAGAAGAUUUCUAUCAUACCGCAGGAUCCAAUUCUCUUCUCUGAUACAAUCCGCAAAAACCUCGAUCCUUUUGGGACGUAUGACGAUAAUCUGAUUUGGCUGUCACUUGAAAGUGCCUCUCUUAAAACCUACUUUGAGCAGCAGGAAACAGGCCUCGACUUCGUAAUACAAGAGGGUGGAUCUAAUCUCAGUGUUGGACAGAGACAGUUGGUUUGUCUCGCUAGAGCGCUGUUGUCCGAUAACAACAUUAUUGUAAUGGACGAGGCUACAGCUGCAGUGGAUAUUGAGACCGACUCUAUUAUACAGGAUGCUAUUAGACAGACCUUCUCUGGCAGGACUAUUUUAACUAUAGCUCACAGGCUGAACACGAUUAUAGAUUAUGAUCGGAUCUUGGUGCUUGAUAAAGGCGAGAUUGCUGAGUUCGGAACAGCAGCAGAGCUUAAGAAAAACCAGGGGAUAUUCUACUCCAUGCUGAACGACGCUGGCUUACUUCAAACAGUCCCCGAGGAUUCUUCCCGGAAGAUACUUGAAAUUCCUAUCUCUGAUGUCAAUGAUAGUCAAUAGUCGUGUCAGUAAUCCACUGAAAUAUAUUUAUUUGUACUUUGUGUUACUGCUUUAAGUUCCGUUAAAUACUAGGUUAUGAUUUUAGGUAUAGUUAUAAGGCUGAACUAGUUAAAUAAUAGUGCGUUUAGUUGAUAGUAUGACAGUUUUGCGAGGCAUCAGUAUGGAAAUCUAAAGUCCUGUGACCCCACUGCAGAUUUCCAAUUAAGAAACUGUUAAUGAUUGGAUACAGAUUUUAGUAGCGACCCUUUUUUAUGAAUUAUUGUAUGAAACCUUAUAGACAUAUCCCAGAGUUAUUUAACUUAUAACAAUUUAAACCUACAGAUUACAGAUAGGCUCCCCAGAUGAAACUUAUUUCAUGUUAACAGACAGUCCUCCACAUUUGCCAUGCUGCUUCAGUGCUUCAUAUACAUUGUACAUUAUGUUUAUAAUAUCUUGGUGUCAGUUCCUGUCACCAAGAUGUAAUUAGAUCGAACGCAGAAAUUAGAUCGAACCGGUUCGAUCUAGUAAUUAGAUCGAACGCGCGGCGCGGCUUUCAAUGUAUUUGUAUAUGUAUCUCGCGCCAGCGUUCGAUCUAAUUCCUAGAUCAAACCGGUUCGAUCUAAUUUAUGCGUUCGAUCUGAUUACAUCUUGGUGACAGGAAUACAUUUAUACAUGUUACGUGGUACGUAUUGUGUCUUCAUCGGUCGAUUGAAAUUUUAGUUGAAAAGUCAGUUAGAAGACGUUCGAUUAUUUAUAGUCGAUACUAUAAAAUGAUAUUUUCUCUAGCUACGUGUAGGUUUACUUCCUCAUUCCUGAGUAAUUGUAUAAUAGUGUAUAAUAGUGGUAUUAAUUAAUAUAAUAAACAGAGAAUCCACAACUUGUAGUCAC